CAGAAAGAAACAACUGGAAUCAUCUGUUGUGGGUGGGCGUAUCCACCACGAGUUAAAAUAAAUCAACGGUGUAUGGAGAGACCACGUGUACCAUAGUGAAAACUUAACGUAGUUUUUGCGGCACGCACAAUCUUUUCCCUCCACCAAAUUCUCCGAUCAUCUUUCUCCCAGGCUUCGUCGUCUCUCCGAUUAGCAAACGAACUCCAAUCACGGAUCAGCGAUGCAACAGGGAGAUCACAAUUCCUAUUAUCACCACCAGUACCCUCACUUUCCAAACCCUUCCCCUAAUCCUACAACUCCCGUCGGUGCUCCGGCAAAUCUUUCUAGUAACACGUUCGCGUCAGCUCCACCGUUUACCGACGGUUACGGAACCGCCGAUUACUCUAAUUAUCCCCAGAAUUACUGGCAAAACACUGAUCAUCCACCGGCGUCAUCUUACGGAUCGUUCGAUUCUACGUCCCCGUAUCCACCGUACGAUCAGCACCAGAGCUCUGGAUACUCCCAUGCGCCUCAUCCUCCUCCUUCAUCUGCUGCUGCCCCGUCGCCUUACUCAUCAUCCUCAUUGUACUCUGCACCUCCUUCCUAUGAGAAACCUGUGAAUUACGGCCAGAGCAGAUCGGAUAACUAUGGCGAUGGCGUCUAUUCUUACCAAGGUGGCAAAGUCGAGCCCUACGGGUCUCGCGGAACAGCCCCCAAAUCAUCUAGUUCCACAUUUGACUCUGAAUUUUGCUACCAGAUUGGUUUGGAUGGCCUCCGUAUGCUUGAUCCAAGCACUAGCCGAACUUUGAGAAUAUAUCCUCUUGAGAACAUCACAAGAUGCGAGAAACUAGAUUCUUCUAUUUUGGCUUUUUGGUCUAAGACUUCGGUAGACAUUGAUGCUAAACGUAUCAGACUGCAAUCAAAUAGUUACACCACCAACACACUUCUGGACACAGUGACAGCUGCAAUGUUUCAGGCUAAGGAGAUUGGGGGAAGUAGCAGACCUCCUACCUCUGUAAAGCUGGUCGAACAAUCUGCUGAGAAGAAGAAAGGAUUGGGUGAUUGGAUUAACAUUAUAAAGCCUGUAAAUGAGGAGAAAGAUCAUUGGGUUCCAGACGAAGCUGCUUCGAAGUGCACGUCAUGUGGGUCAGAUUUCGGUGCAUUUAUACGAAGGCACCACUGCCGGAACUGUGGUGAUGUCUUCUGUGACAACUGCACGCAAGGUAGGAUUGCUCUCACUGCCGAUGAGAAUGCUCCUCAAGUCCGUUUCUGCGACCGAUGCAUGGCAGAAGUGUCACAAAGGUUGAGUAAUGCCAAGGAAUCUGCUAGCAGGAACGUGAGUGUGCAGAGCCAUGAAGACCUCGCUAGGAAGUUACAGGAGGAAAUGCAGAAAAACCGAAAGUCUUCAUCUGGUUCGAGGGAAGGAUCUGGGAGGCGGAUGAAGGACGUAGCUUGUCCAACGUGUACAGUGUACUUGGAGGUUCAGGUUCCAAUCUCAGGAUCCGAGACCAUUGAGUGCGGUGUUUGCCAAAACCCUUUCAUUGUUAGCGCGCAUUGAUCUUCCUACCCUCUUUUAUUCUGCCUUGACAUAUACAUUAUUAAUCAAACCUAUGAGGUUUUGGGUCAUUUGGUUAUUGAAUUGGGUUUGAUCACACCAAAAAUAAGUUGUUGGUCGUGUCUCAUGUGGUGCUUCCCCUUUGUGUGUAUAUGAAAGUCUUUCGAGUGAUGGGCUGAUUGUCUGAUUUACUGAUCCAACCUUUAAUGUAUAUGAAACAUUUACAUGCUCUGAGAUAUAUAAGUUCUAUAUGA